UGCAGUACAGUUCAAGACAUACUUUUGAUGGGAUUACAAAUUGACAGCAGUCUUAAAAUCCCUUCCUUUCUACUAUUUCUGAUACUCUACAGCGUGACAUUAUAUGGGAACAUCACGAUCGCCACACUGGUGUCCAUAUCUCCUAAUCUCCAAUGCCCAAUGUUCUUCUUCCUGGGACAUCUUUCUAUUUCAGACAUCAUGUUCACUACCAAUAUUGUUCCUAUGAUGUUACAUGCCAUCAUGAAUAAAGGGGGCACCAUAUCUCUUCUCGGGUGCCUUGUUCAGCUCCAAUUCUUUGGUAUUUGUCUAGCUGCACAAUGUCUUCUCCUUGCUGUUAUGUCUUAUGACAGAUACGUGGCCAUCUGUAAUCCCUUACAUUAUGUCUAUAUCAUGGGCAUCCAUCGCUGUGUUCAGCUUGCUGCCACAUGUUGGUUCUUAGGCUUUGCCAUCUCAUUGGUGACUGUCAUCAUGACAAGUAAGCAAGAUUUCUGUGGGCCUCGCAUCAUUGACCAUUUUUUCUGUGAUUUAGUUCCUCUUCUUAAGCUUUCUUGCUCGGACACAUCGCCAGUGAUACUGGAAAAUAUAUUGUUGGCUACUCCCUUAACGCUGUGUCCUCUUGUUUUUAUCUCAGUGACCUAUGUCUACAUCUUCACCACCAUUCUCAAAAUCCCCUCCACAUCUGGAAGACAAAAAACUUUCUCCACCUGCAGCUCUCAUUUGACUGUCGUAGGGAUCUUUUAUGGGACAUUGGUUUCUCUGUAUGUAGUUCCAUCUGAUGGACACUCCUUGAACGCUAACAAAGUCCUGUCUCUACUGUACACUUUUGUCACCCCACUGUUGAACCCUAUCAUAUACAGUUUGAGGAACAAGGAGAUAAAGUUGGCCAUCAAAAGAUAUGUCUUGAAAAUAAAGUAA